UCAAUAAACAAGGUCAAACUCGCUUUUCUAGAUAUUACUCUGGAAUGCCAAUACAAGCAGAAGAGAGAGUUCUAAUGGAAGCUGAUAUAGCGCGAAAAUGUUUGAAACGAAGUGAUGUUCAGUAUGGACAGUAUAAGCUAGCUUAUAGGCGUUAUGCAUCGCUGUUCUUUGUAAUAGGGUUCGAUGAAGAAGAGAAUCAUCUUUCUAUUUUAGAAUUAGUACAAGCUUAUGUUGAAAUAUUGAAUACGUAUUUUGACAACGUGUGUGAAUUAGAUAUAAUGUUCAAUAUUGAAAAGGUUCACGUUAUUCUUGAGGAAAUGGUAUCAAAUGGUCGCAUUGUAGAGACUAAUAAACACAAUGUUUUAGCUCCAGUUUUAGAGAUGAAUAAGGCUUCAAGAUGA